CAAAAUCAGACUUUCAGCGUUGCUACGAUUAGCCUCGCAACUAGCGGUGAGCUACACAUCCUUCCCCUGCUCAAACCCUACAAACAAAAAUCCGCCAGGUUUUCCUUUUGAUUUACCCACUGAAAUGUUCAAAAAGUUUACCUCAGAAGAUGUAUCCGGGCAAAAUCAAGUCAAAGCUUCUGUGCAACGCAAAAUUCGACAAAGCAUUGCUGAUGAGUACCCAGGAUUGGAAUUAGUUUUGGAUGAUCUGCUUCCAAAGAAGUCUCCACUCAUUGUUGCAAAAUGCCAAAAUCAUCUGAAUCUGGUAGUGGUGAACAAUGUUCCACUGUUUUUCAACAUACGUGAUGGGCCCUAUAUGCCUACACUACGACUCCUUCAUCAGUAUCCAACCAUAAUGAAGAAACUACAAGUAGACAGGGGGGCAAUAAAAUUUGUCCUUGCUGGUGCUAAUAUUAUGUGUCCUGGUCUUACAUCUCCUGGAGGUGUCUUGGAUGAUGAAGUGGGUGCAGAUACUCCCGUGGCUAUAAUGGCUGAAGGGAAGCAACAUGCUCUUGCUAUUGGCUUUACAAAAAUGUCAGCAAAAGAUAUAAGGGCAAUUAACAAGGGCAUUGGCGUGGAUAAUAUGCAUUACCUUAAUGAUGGCCUCUGGAAGAUGGAACGUCUCGAUUGAGGUUGUGCCUGAAGAUCUGAUGCGAUCAAAAUUUUGCAACAUCAAGAAAAACUGCAUACUUGUUGCAAAUAUGUCCUGCCCUUCUAUAUCCUUCCUCCUUGUUUUUUUUUUGGGUUCUCUUGCUCCUUUCAUGUAAGUUCUUAGUCAACCUGAAAGAGCACCUGUUUGUCAUCUUGUAUUCAUAUACAAUAUGUAAUUUGGAGUGCAUGAUUGUGACAUCCCUAUCUCACAUCGGUUGUAAGCUAGAAAUGUGACUCAUAAUUUUUUGGCUUUGAAUUACUAAAAUAACUUUUCACCAAGGUUUUUCGG